AUGGCUAAGAGUAUUCUCAGCAACAAGGAAAAAGAUGAAAGACAAAGACAGCAGAGAGAAACAUACGGCUCAGACUGUACUUUAUGUAUGGCCGACAUUAGGGCAACCCAGUAUAUGAAUUUGAAAGAAUACUUCGAUUCCUACAAACACUUCCAGACACCUAGAUCAUCCAGGUUGGUAACCAUUAUGUUAUCAAGGCAUACGGACGUACUUGUGGAUGUUAAAAUACAUGAAAAAUGGUGCAAAAAACACCUGAAAGUUGUAUGUGAAGAACACAAAGCUCUAGAAAUAGCGUUAAAGUAUACAGAGCAGCUCUGGAGGAAACAUCUUCUGAGAAGACUGCGAGAUUUGGCUGCCAGAGCCCGACAAACAGCGGGCUUUUUUACCAAAGCCUACGGCAUUGUACAAACUCAUCACGACGACGGAUACUAUGGAGAACAUCAUAAAAUAGCAAAAGGAGACAAAGGCCAUUCGUACGGCGAAAAAAGAUCCUACAAAAAAGGUCAUCACACUAAAGGUGGACACCACGAGCACAAUUUGGACGAAUUCAAUAAAGAAAAAUAUUUCUUUGAUGAAGAUCAUGAUUCUGGUCAUCACGAACAACACGGAGGACAUCACCAUGAAGAUGGAUACAAAAAGGGAGACCACGAGAAAGGAGGACGCCACAAGGGAGGCCAACAUGAAGACCACUAUGGUCAAAAAGGCGGUCAUAAUAAGAGAUCCCAUUACCACGAAUCUUCUGGACACAAGAAAGCUGGUUGACACGACGACUAUUACCAUCAUGGACACCAUUAUGGUAAAAAGGGAGGACACGGACACUGGAGCUUCAAAAAAGGACAUUAA